AUGAGGCCGACCGGACAGGACGCCACUGUAGUCGUCGUCUCCAACCCCGUCGACCUGGCCACCACGCUCGUCCUCGAGCUGUCCAAGCUGCCCCAGUCUCAGGUCCUAGGCACCGGCACCUUUCUCGACUCUGUGCGCAUCCGGGGCAUGAUUGCCGACGAGAUCGGGGUAGCGGCGUGGUCGACGGCGACAGUCGGCGGCGUUGCUCUCGACAAGUCGCUCCGGCACAGCAAUCAGAUUGACCGUGGAAAGGUGGCGCAGGAAUGCAAGGACAGGUCGGAAAGCGCAAUUCGGGCCAAGGGCGCCAACCCGUUUGGCAUCAGCUCCAUCGUCUGCAGCAUUUGCUCGUCGAUACUGCUGGACAAGCGCAACGUUCGUCCCAUUAGCUGCUUCCGCCCGGGGUACGGAUGCUGCUUCAGCUGGCCUGUUGCUCUGGGGAGAAGGGGCAUUGUCAGAGCCACCGAUGUGCCGCUGAACAGCACGGAGAGGGCCGAAAUAGACGAGGCGGCAAAGAGGCUGAAGGACUUGGUGACUCGUGUUGUCGCCGAUUGCCAGUCGUGGACUAUGGGAAAACGGCGGCGCAUCUGGAACCAGAACUUGAAGUGUACUGCUGGAAGGUGUGCGCUCUUUGGGGGGUUGUAUUACGUUUGA